CUAACAUCUCUCUCUCUCUCUCUCUCUCUCAUAUUCAGAGUCCCUCUCUGCUCGGAACUCUAUUCCGCAUACAACUUCCCAUUAAUUUCCUUUCUCUCUCAAUUCCUUUCCUUUCUUUCUCAAUCCAAAAACCCCUCUCUCUCUCUCUCUCUCUCUCUGCGUUUCUCUUACUCUCACUCUGUGAGUGCAUUAACUGUAUAAUCAAGAACCGAAGAGAAACGCCUUCUUGAUUCUUUCAGUUUCCAACAAAGACGAGAAUAUCGAGUUGGAUACGCGAGCAUUGAUAGCUCUAUUCGCUCAGCUUUUUGAUUUUGCUUCUUUUUUUUUUUUCCGAUUUUUCUUUUUUUCUUCUUUUUGGUUGCUUUGGAUCAAUGGCGGUAUCGCAGACGGUCGCCGCCGCCCCUGCGUCGCUUUACGUCGGCGACCUUCAUCCCGAUAUCACCGACGGCCAACUCUUCGACGCGUUCUCGGAGUUCAAGAGCCUCGCGUCCGUACGAGUCUGUAGGGACUCGGCUUCCGGUCGCUCCCUCUGUUAUGGUUAUGUCAACUUCAUCUCCCCUCAAGAAGCAAUUCAAGCUAUUGAGACAAAGAAUCACACUUCACUGAAUGGAAAACCGAUAAGAGUUACAUGGUCACGCCGUGAUCCUGAUGCAAGAAGAAGUGGAGUCGGAAAUGUGUUCAUAAAGAACUUGAGUGCCUCAAUUGAUAAUGUGGGGCUUCAAGAUAUGUUUAAGAAAUUUGGAAAUAUCUUAUCUUGCAAAGUUGUAAUUUCUGAGGAUGGAAAGAGCAAGGGUUAUGGCUUUGUUCAAUUUGAGUCUGAGGAAUCGGCAAAUGCUGCUAUAGACAAGUUGAAUGGCUCUACCAUUGGAGAGAAACAGAUAUAUGUUGGGAACUUUGUCAGAAGGUCUGAUCGGAUUUUACCUGAUCCUGAUGCUAAAUAUACAAAUCUGUACGUGAAGAAUUUGGAUCCAGAUGUCAGGGAAGAGCUUGUGUGGGAAAAAUUCUCAGAGUUUGGGAAAAUUGUUAGCUUGGCUAUUGCAAGGGAUGAGAAUGGUUCCUCUAGAGGUUUUGGUUUUGUGAACUUUGAUAACCCAGAUGAUGCUAGACGAGCAUUGGAAACAAUGAAUGGAUCAUAUCUUGUAGGCUCCAACGCUCUAUAUGUAGCACGGGCCCAGAAGAAGGCAGAGCGUACUCAAAUUUUGCGUCAUAAGUAUGAGGAGAAACGCAAGGAGCAAAUUUUGAAAUACAAGGGAUCAAAUGUGUAUGUGAAGAAUAUUGAUGAUGAAGUCACUGAUGAAGAGCUGCGAGAACAUUUCAGUAAGUGUGGGACAAUUACUUCUGCUAAACUUAUGCGAGAUGAAAGGGGAAUAAGCAGGGGAUUUGGAUUUGUUUGCUUCUCUACCUCUGAGGAGGCCUAUAAAGCUGUGAAUACUUUUCAUGGAUUUAUGUUUCAUAAGAAACCAUUGUAUGUGUCUAUUGCUCAAAGGAAAGAUGAGAGGCAAGCACAGUUGCAGAUCCAAUAUGCACAGCGUAUGGCAGGAAUAGCAGGACCCUCAACUACUGUUAUUCCUGGAGCAUAUUCUCCUUUCUUCUACCCAGGUCCUUCCAGUGUUGUUUCACAAGGCUCCCCUCGACCAGGGCUAAUGUAUCAACCUUUAGGAUUGAGGUCAUGGAGGGCAAAUAGUUUUGCACCGCCAACCAGGCCAGGCUUUCAACCUUCACCAGUUUCUAUUCCAAAUACUCCAAGACAACAGACCAGGCCAAACAGGGGCAGGAUGAAUGGGCAUAUGCUUCCAUAUAUACCACACUUGCAACAGCCCAUUCAUUCCAUAACUUCUACAAAAGAAUCAACCAAUCAUCAGCGGACUGGGCAAGCCAAAUAUGUCCCAAACAGUCGUCAUCGUGAGUUGAGCAAAGGAUCUGGAGUCUCAUCCACAGCUUCUAAUUCUGUUGGAGCUGGGCCUCAGGGGUCAGAGAUGCUGAGUAGCCUGCUUGCUGCUGCUUCUCCAGAGCAGCAGAAACAAAUACUUGGGGAACGUCUUUACCCUCUUGUCCUUAAACAGAAGCCUGAUCUUGCUGCAAAAAUUACUGGGAUGCUUCUGGAGAUGGACAACUCGGAAUUGCUGCUUUUAUUGGAGUCACCGGAGUCCUUGACUGGUAAAGUGGAAGAAGCUGUUCAGGUGCUAAAGAUAUCCAAGACCGAAGUACCUGGCCAAGAUGCACUUCAUCCAAGUUACCUGUCUGCUGAGGUUGCAGUCAAUUGAAAAGAGCAAUUCUAAUCACGUUGGAAAUAAUAUUUUUUUGAGGGUUAGAGAUUUUAUUGUUCAGUUUUCUUUGGAGAGCAAAUUUUUUCAUAUACAUCGAUGAAUCUUCUCUGUAUCUGGUACUUAGUUUCUUUAGUUUUACAGCAUAGUAUAUUUCAUUUCUGAAGAACAUUUUAUGUCUGCUUGAUAUAGAGACAAAAAACUCUUCAAUUGUAGUGGUAAUUUCAGCUUUACCAGCAAUUGUAAGGAGGUUUUAGAACC